UUAGACAAGAAGAGAGUGCUCUGGAUAAGUACAAACUGCACUCUUGAAGGGUUUAUACUCGGUGUUCAUGUACUGGAUAUUAGAGUCAGUAAACAAAUCCAAACGAUCACAUGCGAUAGCAAUGUGGAUCAUCCGAUACAAAGGAUACUGCCGUAAACAUGCCAUUAAUUCCUGGAUAGAUUUCUUGACACCCUUCGAACGAUCCAGCAAUUUGAAAAGUAUUUUGCACUCCAAACAGCGGCGGCAUAAGUCAACGGCAUCCUCGAUUUUAGGCGAUCGAAACAAGCUGUAUGACGGUGAAUGCAUUGUCUCCACAACGGAGAAUACCACAUGAUGCAAUAA